AUGAUGAAGCAGCUGCUGCCGCAGAGCCAGCUGCGGCGCUCGGCGGCGGCGUCGGCGGCGCGCUCCUCGGGGGGCGGCGUCGGGGCCGAGGGCGCGGGUGGGCCCGACGGCGUCGGCGCGGGCGCGGGGGCGGGCGGGCGGACCGCCUCCUCCUCCACCUUCUGGUUCCUGCUCCACGCGUUCUGCUGCCUCAUCUCGCUCUUCCUCGGCUUCCGCUUCUCCAGGCUGCUCUUCUUCCUGCUCUUCUCCAGCAGCGCGCUCUACGCCGCCACCUCCAACAACAAGUCGGCCGUGCUCCGCGCCAUCACGACAACCACGACGACGACCACGACGACCACAACCACGACCAACACCUUCACCCUCUCCUUCGCCGCCGCGGGCAACCCGCCCCCGUCCAACCCGGACAACCUCACCGCCGCCGCGCUCGAGGAGGCCGCGGGGAGCACGCAGAGCCACGUGGUGGUCGGCCGCCACGGGAUUCGGAUCCGCCCCUGGCCGCACCCCGACCCCGUCGAGGUCAUGCGCGCGCACCGGAUCAUGGAGCGCGUGCAGGAGGAGCAGCGCCGCUGGUACGGCGUCAGGGAGGCGCGCCCGGUGCUCGUCGUCACCCCGACCUACUCGCGCGCCUUCCAGGCGCUCCACCUCACCGGCCUCCUCCACUCGCUCCGCAACGUGCCCUACCCGCUCACCUGGAUCGUCGUCGAGGCCGGCGGCGUCACCAACGCCACCGCCUCCAUGCUUGCGCGCUCCAACCUCACCUUCGUCCACGUUCCAUUCCCGGAAAAAAUGCCCCUCGAAUGGGCCGACCGCCACGCCACUGAGAACCGCAUGCGCCUCCACGCCCUACGGGUGAUCCGGGAGAGGAAGAUGGACGGUGUAGUUGUGUUUGCCGAUGACAGCAACGUGCAUAGCAUGGAGCUGUUCGAUGAGGUGCAGAAGGUCCAGUGGAUGGCCGCAGUGUCUGUGGGUAUCCUUGCGCACACCGGAACAGCAGAGCAGCCACGCCUUACCGAAGAGGACAAGAAGAACAUGCCACUUCCAGUCCAGGGUCCUGCCUGCAACUCUUCCGGGCAUUUGGCUGGAUGGCACACAUUCAACACGUUGCCGUUCUCUGGGAAGACCGCCACGGUGGUUGGCGAGGCAGCGCCUGUGCUACCGAAGGGUUUGGAGUGGGCUGGGUUUGUGAUGAACUCGAGAAUGCUGUGGAAGGAGGCAGAGGGCAAGCCUGAUUGGGUGAAGGAUCUUGAUGCUGUGGGGGAGAAUGGGGAGGAGAUUGAAAAUCCUCUUACUCUCUUGAACGAUGCGUCCUAUGUUGAACCGUUGGGCAACUGUGGGAAGAAGGUCCUACUUUGGUGGCUCCGUGUUGAAGCCCGGGCCGACAGCAAGUUUCCACAAGGGUGGGUGAUUGAGCCACCUUUGGAAGUUGUUGUUCCCGCCAAGCGCACACCAUGGCCAGAAACCACCAUGGAUGUCUCAUCGGAGAUGUUAGACGCCAAGCAAGAGCAGGAGGACAGGCAGCUGCCAAGGACCAACAACAGGUCAGCUCGGCCCCGAAGCACCACCACGAAACGGAAGGGCGACGUCCACAACUGA